CCCGCGCUUCUUCCUCCCGCUGCCCCUCUCAACUUCCAAGCUCUUCCCCCUGCCCCAUACUAAAUGCCUCCCUUCUUCUCUUACACCACUCUCCCCUAUCAACUCACGGAGGGCCCUUAUCCUAUGCGGGAGUUCUCGGAGUAUCUGGUGGAGCUAAUUGACAUGGAACCGCAGCCCUUCGCAGACGAAGACGCGUCGGAGUUGCACCGUGCGCUGUACAAGUCGGUGGCAUUGGGGAUGUUCCGAUUCUUCGUGGAUCACGAAGACCACUGCAUCGGGGAACACUUCGUCGUCUACUACGUCAUCACACGGCCCAAGCCGGAGCAGAAGGAAGGGACGGUGGUGCUGUACCCAUUCGCCCAGCUCCAGACGAUCGAUCCGGGAUUGUUGGAGCUCAUACAUCUUGAGCUCCUCUCCAUUGCGCAAGUGAUCGCGAGCGAGGAAGAGGAGAUCCAGCCACGAUUGCGGACAGCGACGACCCCGCGGAGAACGUACAACGCGGUUGUCAUCCCGGAUUACAUUGCGCAGCGCGCGGAGAGGUUGGAGGACUUCCCGGAGGAAAACUCGUUGCGGCCUCCCUCAUCGUAUCCCCGACCGGCGCCACCCAAGGCCCCCAAGAAGACGCCGAAGAGGAAGAGACGCCACCCGUCGCCAGGAGCGCAAGGCAGCAGAAUCGGGGGCGGCGAGGAGGUGAUUCAGCCCGCGCGUACGCGGAAUCUUGACCCCGUGCCUGGGAGUGCGGCGACGCUCGUUAAGGCGACUGCCGUGCCAUCGCCGCCCUUCCCGCGCGUGCCCGAUCUCAAUCUUGAUGGAGCCGGGCCAUCAGCAGCAGCAGCAGCCGGGGGAGGAAGCCGAAUGGGAAUACCGGAUCCCAUAUCCAGACCCCCCGUCCUCGCGGGACCUCUCCGCUCCCGCCAGCCACCCCGGGGUGCCCCGAUCAUUGACAUUAGCAGUUCCUCCGAUCCGGACAGUCCAUCCGACAGAGGUGGAUUUCAUGGUGAGCCCACCACCAUCAGGCUCGAGGCCAUCGCGGGGGCGCCGCGCCCUGAUCCGGCGUGGGAGCCAUAUCUGACACCACCUUUUCAAGGGUGUAUUGCGGCGCGACUGGCUGGGACGCUCAUCUACGAGACCGGGCAGCGUCCCAAUGUGAUGUACCACUUCCUUGUCUUCGCGGCGCAAAAGCGGGAGCGGCGACCUUACACCGAGACUCAUGUGGUGAUGACGGGUCCAGGGCCCCGAUCGGUGUGCAAGCGGGUGGUGCAAGCCGUGGCGGAUCUGGCGCCACGUGUCCUGUCUCAUGUGUCGGGGGCCUUCCUCUAUCCCUCGUUCGUCCAGCAUCACUUCCAGGAGGAAGAUGCGCCGACGACUCCCGUGGCAAUGGCCGCUUUUCUUCCACCUAUUUUGCCCCCUCUCAAUCCCGACAUCGAUCACUUCCUCUGAUCACCCUCGUCCACCUCUCCCCGCUUCUCUCCUUCUCCCUCUCUUCAUCAUCUUCUUCCCCUAUGCCCAAAGUUC